AGCAGCCAGUCGAAGCAUCGUGAUUUAAAGAUGGCCGCCAGUUAGUUGACUAGUUGAGUGUUGAGUGUGAGUAGUGCGCAACUGGACUGAACUGGAAGGUGUGGAUUUGGAUAUCGUUCGUCUCGUCUCUCGCAACGGUGAAUUCGCGUCAACUCGGAUCCAAGACGGUAGGGCCGGCUCUCGGCGAAAAAUCCAGCGAGAUCGCGGCUGCAUCCGGUAGUGGAAAGACGGUCGGGCAGGUCGGGCUCGGGGAGAUGGGCCGGUCGCGUUCCCGAUCGAAAUCGCCGAGCAGACGGCGUCACAAGAGCAAGCACUCGCGCAAGCGGUCCAAGUCGCGCGAGAAGCACUCCAACAACAAAUACUCGGAGAAGCCGAAGGAGCGUAGCUCCAAGUCCAGAAAACGAUCCCACUCUGCGUCGUCCAGCACUGGCUCGGAUGUAUCGGACGACGUGCAUAUCGUCAGUCACAAGAAACGCUCGUACAGGGACAGGGAUCGAAAGAUGGACGAGGUGGAAAGGCUAGCGGAAAUGGAGCGACAAAGGAAAAAGAAAGAAUUAAUGAACAAAAUCUUCACCACGAGCACGGUCGGAGCUCUGGAAGAAGAUCGCUGCUUAUCUGUCUGCAGACGUCAACGCGAGGUGGAACAAAAGAUGGUGGAGGAAGAAGCCGCCAAACGUAUAGAAGAACUUGUACAGAAGAGGGUAGAAGAGGAACUUGAGAAACGUAAAGAGGAAAUUGAUGCGGAGGUGCAAAGGCGGGUGGAAGAAGCCAAGAGGGCUAUGGAGCGUCAAAUGAUGGAGGAGAUGGAAUGGAGACAAGCGAAACUACGUGAGGAGGAGAAACGAAGAGAGGAGGAAGAGCGGAAGAAGCGUGAGGAACUAGAGAGGAUUAUGGAGGAGAACAACAGAAAGAUAGAGGAGGCUCAGAAGAAAUUGGCUGAGGAAAGAUUGGCUAUGGUUGAAGAACAACGGUUAAUGGAAGAAGAAAGGCAAAAGAUGAGGAAGGAACAUGAAAAACGUGUUAAGGAGGAGCAAAAGAGGAUCUUAGGCAAGAAUAAUUCAAGGCCUAAGUUAUCCUUUACGCUAAAAUCGGUUACGUAAGUUUAGUAUUUGUAUUGUUUCAUGCAGUUUACAUGUGAUAUGUACACGAAAUCUUGUCAGUUUUCGUACUUGAUUCGCGAGAACAGUUAUUACAGACUGUAUCUGUGUAGGUAUAUGGUAUACCUAUAUAGGUACAUAGAUAAGUGCAGUAACAUAAGAUACAAAGCUCACCCUAAUGUAUUCAAAGCGAUUGUUGAAAUCAACAAGAUCGAAUUUUAUUUAAUUGUGAUGACGAUGGACUGCAUCAAAAUUAAAUAAUCAGUUCUUAUCUUGUAAGAUUUUAACACAGAUACAGAUGGGAUUUCAUGUUACGUGAGAUUAUGCUAUCAUCAAUAUGAGCGAAUAUAAAUUUUUAAUAUACAAAAUUAUUGUAACGGUCAUUAAUGCUUUUAACUUAUCAAACAACUUCGAUUUUAUACAUCAUACUUUUUCGUGUAUUUGAUUCGUUCUAUCUGACGUAAGCAUAUUCUGACACAUUUAGAUGUGUUCCAUGAUUUAUAUAUAUGCGAUUUGUACGUCGUAGGUAUUACCCUCGCGAUAUAAAAAUCGACUUUAUUUCAAUGAGAUAAAUCACAUAUAUCACGUCAGAUCAUGUUGCAAUAAUAACAAAUUGUUUAUACUGUUAAAUUGGCCGAAUGACAUUUAUUAUGGGAAAUAUGAUUCCUCUUUUUCUAACAGUUGUUUUUUUUAUGAACAACUUUAGAAUAUGUUAACGUAUGUUAACAAUGAUUUUUUUGAAAGUACUGUAAAAACCGGAUAGCUAUUUUACAAUUAUAUUAUAACACUUUACACUAUUUAAAUAAUCUACCAUUAUUUCGAUCUGAUACGGAAUAUGUUUAUUCUACAAAACGAUAAAAUGGAACGAUAUGUUUUACGAUUAAAAAUCAAAUUAAAUAACAUAAUAAUCUUGAAAAUUACAAAACUGAGUGAUUUUGUACGUGAAUAAUGGAUCCACAUCCAUUGGAGCCAUGGAGCGUGACAUAAUCCUAUCUACGUUAACCGUGUAAUGAUGUGUACGCAUUGUUCCGUAAAAAGAAAAACAUUUUGUCUAUAUAGGAUUGUAUACCUACAACAUUGUUACUUGUAUCAUAAACACGUUUUUAAUAAA